AUGGAGAAACGAAGGGUGCUGCCUCUACCAUUUCUGGAAGCUAGUCUAACUUUUACAGAGGACUUCCGGGAUCUGGCUGGACAAUGGGCAGCCAUUGAGAAGAACUACAAGGAGGCCGAAGUUUACAAGAACACUUUCAGCACUAGUGUUCGACACCUGGAGCAAGAGAGGAAAGCUUGUAGUCUCAAGUAUCAACAGCUCCAGCAAGUGAGGACUGAAAUCGUAGCUCGGCUUCAAAAACAGUUGGCUAGCUAG